UCCCUGACUUACCCAACUCACAUCUUCAUAUAUCUCUCCUCUCACUUAUCCCACUUAUUCCUUCAUUCGUCUUUGAUUUAUCCCUUCAUUUUUUCUACUUAUCCCAAGGGAUCCCAAUUGCCUCUUCAUGUGUCUCUACAUAUCCCACUCAUCCUUUAAGGUAUUCCUAUCUUAUUCCAACUAUCCUACUUAUUCCUCACUUUCAAGGGAGUCUUUUUAUUAAUUCGAGAGAGUCUCCUAUUAAACGAGAGAGCCCUCACUAAUCCAAGGAAUCUAAUUUAUCAAAAAUCUACUAGAAUUGCUUGUUGUCUCAAUAUUAAUGUUGGGUAUUGCUGGAGCCGUUCCAUUUUCCAACGAUUUUGUACUUAAGGAGGAAGCUUUUUGUAUUAUUGAAGGGAUAGUCGCUGUUAUUAUUUUUGUUAGUAUUGUUGAAGGGGUAGUAGGGGAUGUUUUUGGCAAUACUGUAGUGUUUUUAGUUUCGACAUCUUUUGAUUUUUGUUUGGGUAUUUUUUGUUGUCCUCCUCCUCCAAGAUUUGUUGUUGUAUUAUUUAAAGGUGAGAGAAUGUCUAAAUCUCCUGUUACUCGAUUGACUUCUGGACCUGUAUAA